AUGUAAAGUCAAGGCUAUCGGCUGCGAUUAAUCACUAACCAGCUACAACGAUAGCGUGUGGGCUGCCGCUGGUCCAUGGCGGAGGCAAAGGUGCGUCUUUAUCUGAUGGACGACUUCUAUAAAGCCUCGUACCAUCCGGAGGUCAGGAGUCUCAAACGAAGGAGUUUACGUUCACAACGUGACGAUGCUGAGCUCUGUACUGAGCCUCGUGGUGCUGCUUUCAGCGACGGGAGCAGCCACAGUAGAGAGAGUGGAGCACGACUACUACAAAUAUCAUCCCAUGCCGGCGAUCACCGACUGGAUGGCUCAGGUUGCGAAGGACCACCCCGAUGUCGUGACCGUCGUGGAGUACGGACAGACGUACGAGAAGAGGACCAUCAGCUUGCUCAAGGUCAGCCGACUUUGUAUUUUGUUGAAUUCAGAUCAGAAAUGCUUGUUUGUGUUGCGUGGCUGCCUGAUGAGAAGCUCUAUGAAUGUGUCUUCCAGAUUGGCCUGAACACUGGGGAGGAAAAGAAAGCGAUCUGGAUGGACUGUGGCAUACACGCCAGAGAAUGGAUCGCCCCGGCCUUCUGUCAGUACUUUGUCAGACAGAUCCUGCAAGCGCACAAAACAGACCCAAAAAUGCAGGAGAUGCUGAAGAACAUGGACUUCUACGUCACCCCGGUGCUCAACAUGGACGGCUACAUCCACACCUGGAAGGACAACACAACUCGACUGUGGAGGAAGAACAGGUCACCGGGACCUUCGGGCUGCAACUGCACCGGCGUCGAUCUCAACCGCAACUUUAACGCCAACUGGGGCACGAUCGGGGUGUCAUUUGACUGCUGCUCCAACAUCUACUGCGGGAGCCAAGCCGCGUCCGAGCCCGAGGCCCAGGCCGUCACUUAUUUUGUGGGAAGCCGGAAGGAAGACUUCCUGUGUUUCCUCACCAUCCACUCCUACGGCCAGCUGCUCCUGGUUCCCUAUGGACACCCCAACUUCACCGCCUCCAACUACAAUGAGCUGAUGGAGGUGGGUUUGGGUGCAGCAGACGCCAUCAGGAGGGUCCACGGGAUGAACUACACCGUAGGGACCUCACCGGCCGUGUUGUACCCCAACUCCGGUUCAUCCAGGGACUGGGCUCGGAUGCUGGGGAUCCCCUUCUCCUACACCUUUGAGCUGAGGGACAAAGGGACGUUCGGCUUCGAGCUCCCGGAGGAUCAGAUCCAGCCGGCGUGCGAGGAGGCCUACAGCGGAGCCCUGCACAUCAUCACCUACGCCCACGACAAGACCUUUAGUGGUGCCGUGGCAACCGCCGCCGCAACCCUGUGGACCAUGCUGUUAGCAGUGGGUGUCACCGGCAACACCCUGAUGUGAGGAGGGGAAACUGACCUGCACGGCUUUCAGCUCAAGCCAUGACAUAUAAAUAGCAUUAUCUUGUGCCAAAAUGUAAAAAAAAAAAAAAAAAAGAAUAAAGAUCUUUAAAAUGUG